ACGAUCAACCCAACUUCCAGGAGAAGAAGCAAAAAAAUGAAUGAAGGAUAUCCGUGCUGAUAUCUCCGCGAAGACGAGAAUAUUAUAUCAGUUGAAUAAGUUUAAGCUGCAGGACACAUUUCAUCUCUCAGUAACCUCAACAUCCCAAGAACUGAAAUUUCCUAUCAAAGUUGCGGUCUCUGCUGAUGAUUUUAACGUAGAUCCAGAGCCGGAAUAUAGAGUUGAUGUUGCAAUGAGCGAAGCUUCAAAACGUCUCUCCGAGGAAGGGCAAAGUUUAAAUUCGAUUGUGUCUGCCAUGGAUUCCGAGAACGCCGAGCCUCGUUACAAGAACAUCGUCCACUUGUGGGAGUUUCUUUACGAGUUGCUUGCCAGUGGUGACAAGUGCAGCUCGAUCAUAGCCUGGAUCAGAGAGGAACAUGGAGAGUUUAAACUAAAGAACAAAGAAGAAGUCGCCAAAAGGUGGGGUGCUUAUAAGAAGAUAAAAGGAAUGAACUACGAGAAACUCAGCAGGGCUCUUCGACAUUAUUAUCCAAAAGGAAUUAUUAAAAAGGUCGCGGGCCAGAGACUGGUGUAUAAGUUUAACAAAUUGCCAUACAAGUAUGAACCCGGCGUAACGAGAUCUCUUUACCACGGAACCAGAAUCAAGGCUUGCAUCCAAGAACCAACGAAACCGAAAGAAACCAACCCUGCCCCUCCCAAGAUCAAUACUAGCACUUCACUGUCAGCCUUCACCCCGGUCCGUGGAUAUCCCAAAAAGAGCUGGUCUUGGCCGCUUCUUUCUGCGCCAUCAGAUCCUCUCGUGUGGUAUCCAGGUUCCACACCUAACUCUCCAACCAUAUUUGACAGCUCUAAGACCAUGAUCGUGUUCCCGUUUGUUCCCAGUCCCCCUGUGCACCAUCCCUUACAGCUGCAUUUCAAACCAAAACGGGAAAACGAUGAACCUGUUGGUCAAAUGAUAACCCCUGAGGUUACAUCGAUUCCGGUUUCGGUAAUAAAGCGUGUCUAACGUUCGCUGAUAUCUAGCCCUUUGACACACUUCUCAGAUUUUUUUUUUCAAAGAGAUUUUAUUUUGAUACCUUAACUUAAGGUCGUUUUACCCUAUAACAGACUUUUCAAUUGCUUCUCCUGCUAUUUUUGCACGUUAGGUUGCACAGUCUACUGUGACGUAGUCUGGAUGAUAACAAAAUCGCAUCGGAGUUUUUCAUCUAUGCAUACAUUUCUUUCAGCGAAGCUUUUUGUUUUGCCAAACAUUGCUCGAUUAUACUAAGAAGGAUAGCACUGAGCCGAAAAGAGAAAGUUAUUCUCUUAAUUAGAGGAUUGUCCUUCCAAUACUUUAAUGUUGAUCAUUAUUGUUGGUUAAUAGCACCAAGAUUAUAAUGGUAAAUUUUUCGUAAAAAAGUAUGUUUCUUUUAUGACCGUGAAAAGUUAUAGAAAAAUAUUUUAAUUUUUGCGAUAAAAAGUCUGAAGAUGUAUUUUUUCCAUAUAAUUUAUCUUAAUUUUUGUAAGUUAAAAAGCUUAACGUAUUUUUCAAAUAUUGAUACA